AUGGUCACAGAACUUUCUGUCCACAUCUGCACACGCCAGGUCGUCCACCUCACGGAGGAAGCGCUGCUCUCAGAAGCAGCUGACCUUAGCCAUGUGCUGCAUGGACACAUCCUGCCAGUGUGGGGCGCCAGGGACCUCGAGAACCACCACCCUCCAGCCUUCCCAGGACAGCUCCAGGAGGACCACCUAUCUACAGGGAUGAGGGACAAGGCGGGAGGAGGGUCAGUGUCAGAGGCUGGCGGCAGGAACCCAGAGCUGGGGGCCAUAGACGUGUGCACCUUCCUCAAGGGGCAGGCCCUGGGCUGCUUUAAGCUACAGCCACUCUCCCAGCCUAUCCUGAGAGGAUACCGUGCCAUUUUGAAAUGCACAAAACCCUCAGAGCGGGAGAAACCAGCAUGCCCCCCAGAUCUUCGCGGCAGAUGGGAGUUCCACGUCUGCCUAGAGCUGACAGGCAUCCCUGAGAACAAAGAUCUCUUUGUCCCCACCUAUGGAGCUCUGGCUGCCCAACUGUGUAAAGACUAUGAAAAAGAUGAAGAUGUGAACAAAUACUUAGAUAAAAUGGGAUACCUCAUUGGGACACGGCUGGUGGAAGACUUUUUGGCUCGAUCUUGUGUAAGAAGAUGCCAUAGUUAAUCAGAAAUUACAGACAUAAUUGCCCAGGUUGCCUUUAAGAUGUACUUGGGGAUUACACCAAGUGUGACAUGUAACAACUUAAGCAGGACUGAAUUUUCCCUGAUCCUAGACAAGAAUCCGCUGGUGGAGUCUGUGGAGGAGCUCCCCACCGGGCGAUCCUUUCUGUGCUACUGCACUUUACUCUGUGGGAUUAUCAGAGGUGCCGUGGAAAUGGUUCAUUGGGCUGCUGAUGUUACAUUCUUGCAAGACAGACUGAAAGGCGACCAUGUGACAGAAAUAGGAGUAACAUUUCUGAAAAAGCUAGAGGAGAAAAAAUACAGACGGAAAAAAUGA